GCUUACUGGUCCCCAUUUUCACUUGUGAAAGGGAAUCGAGACGAACGAACGCAGACAGUCGAAGGAAGAUGAGGCAGUUCGAUCCAUGGCCGGUGUUUUUCAGGCGAGAAUGGAAGAGGAAUUGGCCGUUCCUUGUUGGUUUCGCCAUAACUGGAACCCUUAUUACCAAGAUGACCGCCGGAUUUUCUGAGGAAGAGGUGAAGAACUCUCCAUUCGUGCAGAGGCACAAUCGAACAUAGGAAUGUGCUUGACAAGUUAAUGCACUGCCUGCUGCAGGUGAAUCCUUGGAGGGGAAUUGGUGGCAUUGCAGAAUGUGAUGUUUUUAUUUGUACAAAAUAACAGAUGCUGCGGUUAGUUUUCAAGCCAUUUGAAGCAAGUCUUGUCGGUACUUGUCAGUAUUUCUCAAAUUUGUAAGGAUUUUGUGAUGUUGUUUGCUUACAUGAACACGAGUUGUUCUCUUUCGUAGCAUCAUUGGAUUGAAAACUUUGGUGUUCUUUAAUUUUGAAUAAUUGACCUUGUUCACGCUAGGAUACAUCAGUUGUUUCAUGU